CUCACAUACUCCCAUCAACGUUUGCGUCGACUGUCUCAGUACCGUGCAUUCUAUCACUCUCACACCGCAACAUCUCUUGCUAUCACUGGCAAACAUGUCUACAGCACGCGAGACUGGGAACGAGAGCGUAUCAAUUCCUCAUCCCACGGACGAGGCUUCAAGUCUGUCGCCUCAGGAGCAACUGGCUGAGCUCACAGCCAAAGCAACCGCCGAAUAUGCCGUCAAACACUUCUCGGAAGCUGCUGAAUUGUAUUCGCAGGCAACAGAGUUACAGGCUGAGAUCAAUGGAGAAAUGGCUCUAGGGAAUGCAGAUCUACUGUAUUCAUAUGGAAAGUGUCUUUUCUUCCUUGGUCAACAAACAAGCUCGGUGCUGGGUGGCACUGCGGCAUCAGCACAGCUGUCCUCAAACAGGGGCAAACAAGGGUCCAAGAAGAGAAAGCCCGCCGCGACCAACACGACAAAUGGAAAGAGUUCGAAAUUGCCCGCCGUCGCAGAAGAGGACACAGUUGCCAACGUAGGUGAUGUUGUUCCAGAACAGAAUGUCAAGCCGGAACAGUCCACCUCCGACAAACCCUUCUUCCAGAUUAGCGGCGAUGAUGAGAACUGGGUGGAAUCAGAUGAAGAAGAAGCGGAUCAAGACCAGGAGGCGGAAGAUGAGGAGGAUGACGACUUUGCAGAUGCUUACGAAAUGCUGGACCUCGCCCGUGUUCUGUAUUUGAAGAAGCUGGACCAGGCUCAAGAACACGAACUCGAAGAAUCGGAAAAGGGAAAAUAUGUCGCAUCGAUAGACCUGACACCAGAGGUUAAGAAACUGAAGAGUAGUGUCGCCGACAUCUAUGAUCUACAAUCAGAGGUCUCUCUUGAGGGCGAAAAAUACUCAGCGGCCGUGAUUGACCUGAAACAUUGUCUUGCAUUGCGAGAAGAAUUGGAACCACCAGAGUCCAGCAUUCUCGCCGAAUGUCACUACAAGCUCAGCUUGGCCCUUGAGUUUAGUUCACAGACACAACAACGCGAUGCAGAUGGAAACCCGACAGGCGAGCUCCAGAUUGACUGGGACAUUCGAAAUGAGGCCAUUGCACAACAGGAGAAGGCUAUUGACUGCUGCAAGCUACGUGUAUCCAAAGAAAAUGCGGCAAUUGAACCAUUGGAGGCUGGGCCACAGAAGGACAAGGCCAUGGUUCAAGUCGAAGACGUCCAGGACAUGAUAGGGGAAAUGGAAGUGCGAUUGGCCGAGCUUCGCAAGCCUCCGGUCAAUGUUAAGGAGGAGACGGAGAUGAAAGAGCAGCUCUCGGGUAUCUUGGGUAGUAUCCUGGGAAGCGGUGCCACGGAACAGGAGAAAAAAGACAAGCUAGCCCAAGCGUCAGAGACGGCGACCGACCUGAGCGGACUGGUCAAGAGAAAGAAGCCCAAGACGUCGCUGGAGAAUGGGGGAACAAGUGGUCUGGGAUCUGCUGCAUCCACGCCAAUCGCCAUGGCCGAGACUCCUGAAUCAGGACCAACGAAGAAACGCAAGGUGGAGUUUGUUGACGAAGUACAAGCGUCCUCACAAGAGAAGAAGUCGAAAGUAGAAGAUGUUACCGAUACAUGACAGUUACGAAAAACAUGAUGGGGUUCUUC